CAUCCAAGCUCACCAUCAACGAUUAUCAAGCAACUCACACACAAACCUCUUCAACGAAUCUCCAUCCAUCCAAUCUUAUAAUAAACUCCAACUCAUCAAUCAUCAUGUCUGGAUCAACUGCCUCCGUCUACAUCACCGACGACUUUUCUGAGCCCAUGACUGCUCAACACAACUUCGCCAACGCGUUCGACCUGGAGAACCCUGACGAGGCCAUGACUCAGUAUCAAAAGAUCAUGCACGAGCACACCAAGCGCCAACUCACCACUGCCACCGAUUCCGCAAGACGCCGAACCGGCUCCACAUCAUCCUCGCUGCGAUCUGCUGAGUCUGUCGAUUCGCGCGACGCAUAGACGCCACCAGCAAACAACGUUCGAUUCUUUGCGACAUUUUUAGCGACAUAUUUUAGCGACAUUCACGAUCGGGAUCUGGCACCACUUUUUGCGCGCAUCAUGGGAGGCGAUAUCUGGAACGGAGUUUGGAAUUGUAACAUUAUCGAGACUAGCAUUUGAGCCCAGGCGUUCAAGGGUCCUCGCGGCGGAUACUACUACAUUUAUCAAUCUUAUUUUCCACCCUAUCGAGGGUUACCACCAUACAUUUUUUAUUGAUGCGACAUAUGUUUCAUGUUAUAACGGCCUUGCCAGCGCCGCUGUGAGGUAUCAAUAAAUCUAAGCUUGGCAUCUUUGGAGAUGGCUAUUGGUCGCUCUGAUUGACACUGGU